GGCACAGUGCUCGGAGCACGCGACGGGACAGGACGGGACAGAGCGGUGCCGUGAGGAGCCCCCGCACAGCGCACUCCUUCCUGUCGGACCCGGAGCUUUCCCCUUGACCUUAGUGCUGCAGGUGACCUCAAGGCCAGGCCACAGCACUUGGUGACCUGUGGCCUCCUUGGGACUUCUUUUUUGCAGGUGCCCUUGAGGGCAGACUGUAGGACUUGGUGACUCAGAACUUUUCCGAGGAAUCUCCCCUCCUUGUGGCCAGUGCCCUUGAGGCGAGACCGUAAGAGUUGUUGACUCAGAGCUCUUCCAGGGCCUCUCUCUUUCAGGUGGCCUCAACACCAGAUUUUAGGAUGGCAGAGAAACGCCAAGGCAUGUCCGGAGAGAAGAGUAACAAAGGCUCUUCAGCUUCCCCAGCAAAGCAGCCUAAUGCGGCGCCACGGUCCCAGGAUGGGAAGAAGAAGACAGAAGAGCAGGACCCAGGCCAAGGCUGCUUCCGCAGAGCACUGGAGUCGUUUCUGAAGUUCACGGGCAAGCGUGAAAAGACCACAGAGAAUCCUUGCAUAUUGUGCUCCGAGCCAACUGAUGCUAGCACAGCAUCAACUGAAUGCGCAGAAAUGUCUAAUUACAUAGUGAAGGCUGACCAGGUGCCAGCCAUGGUGAGGAUCAUGCACGAGAGACUUGCGUCACCUGAGACUGUUGAUGUCAGGCUAUUCAUGAACAUUCUGAGGAUGGCUGAAGAACACCCUGCUAGUGUGGUGCUGACCCUCCUGCGCUGUGCCCCAACGUGUGACAGAGCUGCUUCAAUGAUGUGGAGAACCAUAAGCUCAUCAAAAUCAACACUGGAGAAGGUGCUGCCAACUCUGCUCUGUGUGAUAGAGGAUUGGCCUAUGCACAGCAUGUUCACCUCGGAUGGGGAUGACACCAAUGUUUUUGCCCUGGCUGCAACUCUGGUGCUCUGGGUGAUGGUCCAGGUGCCCAAGAGCCAUGAGGCAAUGUACAUUUAUGCCCCCCACCUCCUCGUGGCUCUGUUAGCUCAAAUUUUUGACAGCACCGUGCAUGGAACUGAGGAGGUUGACACCUUUUGGACACAAUGCCAGGCAGAACACAACUUUCAAACAAACCCCAGCAGGUUUGCACUGCAGACACUGAAGUCCCUGCUCUGCCGACUGCGGUGUGACAAUGUGGUGAUGGCCAUGGAGCGCAAGCUUGGCUGGGACACGCUGCUGUGUGCUGAGACCCAGCACUAUGCCACAGGUCUGCUGGCCAGGGAGAUGCACCGUGAUUUGAUCCUCUUGUGUUCCCGCAUUGCAUGCCACCUGCUUGGGAUGCUUAGCACAGCACGGCAUCGUUGGGAUCUGCCCUUCCUGGCAUUCCUUGUGGAGGUCCUGGAUUGCCUGGACUUGUGUGGAUGUAGGGAUGGUGUUCUGGAGAUGAUGUCAAGGUACCUGCAGAGCGAGUGCAAGGAGAGGCGUCGCCUGGCGCUCAGAGGCCUUGUGGUGCUCAUCAAGGAUACCUCCAUGGCCAGAAGAAUAGGCAUGCUGUCUCAACGGCUUGUGGAGCUGCUGGGUGAUGCAGAUGGAGAAGUGGUCAGGAUGUCCCUCUCUGUCUUCAUAAAUGUUCUCCAUUACAAGGGUAUCAUGGUAUCUUGCACAACCGCCCCAAGGCUGGCUGAGGCGCUCCUACCACUCAUUGACCACGACAACAGCCAUGUGCGGGUGCUCUCCAUUCAACUUUUUCAAAAGGUGAUGGACUUGGUUGUGGACGAGGGAAAAAAGCCCACGAAAAGAAUAGUGAGCGAGAGUCUGCUGCCACUCUUCUUGCACUGCCAUGAGGAGAACCAGCGCCUGGCAGAGGCCUCUAUGCAAACGCUGCUUCAUGCAGCCGGGUUCCUGAAGAAGAGGGGUCUGAAGCAGGUAGUUAAGAAGGAGAAGCUAUGGAAGUUCGCCAAACGCCUGCUGGCAGAGGACAGGAGCCGAGCGGCCGAGCACCUGCGCCAGGCCCUGCUGUACCUGCAGUGCCCACAGGAGCCCCUGCGAGAGGCGGCCGUCAGGUUUAUCGGGAUGGCCGGGCGGAGCUUGAGGGGGCAGCCAGGAGAGCUCCAGGUUCUCAAUGAGGCCCUUCAAGCCAUGAGCCAAGAUGAAAGCCCAUCAUCCAGUAACCUGGAAAUGCAAGCAAUUUUUGGAACAAGAUGUGCAGAACUAAGGUCAUCUACUGGAUUCGAUGAUCCACUUUCCCAAGAACAGUACCAGGAGACAGUGAGGAGAACACCGUCACUCACUGUCAACGGAGAUCCAGACACGGCUGAUGCUGUACCCAGCUGAGCCUGUGGGAAGUUCAGUAGCUUGUGCUUUCUCCCUCCCUGUUGACAUCUCCCUCUCUCCAGCCCUCAGACCCUGCCUAUUCCCUUUUUUUUUGCCCCUAUCUCAUCCCUUUCCUUUCCCUUCCAUCAAUAAAUAGUUUGGUUUCCCCCCUU